CGUUUGUACUUUGUGCAAGUACAGUGUGCAAAUAAGUUUUUGUUCCCAUAACCCAUUUCACCAAAGAGAAUUUCACAUUUCACUUUCACAUCUGACCGGCCAGAUUUUAAAGAUAAAGCGACACAGCGUUGGCCGCCAUUAUUUUUAGUAGGCAUUUCAUACAUUUUCAAGUUUAUUAUUAGUAGAUAAUUGCGCCAGGCUGGAUUGGAUAGUGGAUAACACUAUUGAAAAAUAUUUCACUUUGGUAAUAUGCGUUAUUACUAGAUUUUUAACAAUAUAAAAAUGGGAAUCAUUAGAAAAGCGCUUAAUCUUUACGCUAGGAUGUCACCAACUCGUGGUAAGAUAAAACCGCCAUACAGACAUGUUACUCAAAUAGGAGACCCUAGAUUACGUAAAAUCUGCGACGAAGUCCCUCUCAACAAAAUCAAGACACCGGAGAUUCAAAAAGUAAUUGAUCAACUUGUACUGGUACUAAAUAGGUAUGGAAGUGUUGGAAUGUCUGCGCCACAAGUAGGGAUUAAUGAAAGAAUUUUUGUAAUGCGACAUACAGCUCAGCAGAUAAAUAGAGAGCCAGUAGAGGUGAUCAAUAAUAGAGGCAUGUACGAAGUCCCUCUAUCUAUUUAUGUAAACCCUAAGCUGAAAAUUGUAGAUUACCAAAAAGUAAUCCACACAGAGAGCUGUGAAAGUGUCAGAGCCUUCUCUGGAGAUGUGCCACGUUAUAAGGAAGUUGAAAUCACAGGGUAUAAUAAAGAUGGUGAACCAGUCUCACAGAUAUACCGAGGCUGGCCAGCCAGGAUAGCUCAACAUGAGAUGGAUCACCUGGAUGGAAAACUAUAUAUUGACAUAAUGGACAGAAGAACUUUCCAAUGUGUAUGCUGGGAAGAGGUCAACAUUAGUAAUGGAAAAAUUGCUAUACCUUUUACACCGGAGUAAUAUAAUGAAGAAAACAUUCUAUGAUAAAAAAAAUAUUAAAAAUCAAA